GCUCAUAUUUCCUCUCACAAACUCCUGGUUUCUCUUCCUUCUAUUUGGCAUCCUUCUCUCUCCAACUUGGAAAUUUUAUUAUUUAAUAAAUACAAAAAAAACCCAACAAAAGAAAAGAAAAAGAAAAAAAUAAAUAAAUUCAGCUUCCUUUGCUCAUCAUCUUCUUCUUCUUCCUCUUUCUUCUUCAUUUUUCUCUGUAUUUUUCUUUCAUUCACUAAAACUUCUUCCACUCUUAGUUUCUCUCUCCUACCUAACUUACCUCACUUCUUUUUAUUUCUGCCAUUUUUUCUAGCUAUACUUUGGUUUCCAGAAAUUUCCUCGAGUUGAAAUUUUGAUCAAUUUUGUUAUUGUUUUUACUGAAAUCAAUGGGGUGAGCUUUGUUGUUGAUCAUGAGCAGAUAGCAUCUGCUAUUGUGUCUUCUUAAGAUUUGCGAGGACACGAUUGUUUCGGUGAGGAUUUUGUGAAUUUGUGAUUGUAAGGAAAAUAAAAACUAAUAAGAAGAGAAAAUGGGGGAAAAGGAGGGAAGUCUGGUUUUUAUUUUCUUAUAAAUUUAUUUAUUUAUUUUAAUUUGUGAGAAUUAGUUAUAAAUUAUACAUAUACUACUAUACUAUAUGAUAUGAUGAUGCUGUGAAAUUUUGACUGAAUUUGGUUUGGGAAAUGCUAAAAGGCGGAUUAUCUUUGAAUAUGUUUGUUGUUGUUGUUGUUUGGAAAUUGUUUGUGUUUGUGCAGUAGAAUUGAGCUCUAAUACUACUGCUACUACUAUUACUACUACUAUGGGUUUUGGGGAAAGAUGACUAGAUGAGAAGAAGAAGACGAAGCUAUUUAUUAUCAUUUGCUUGUUUUUUGAGAGGAUCUGAAGCAGCUUGCUGCUCUUCGUGUCCGUUUAAUGGACAAUUAUUCUUCCGGCGAAGAACCGAUCGUUAAGACUCGAAAACCUUACACAAUCACCAAGCAACGGGAGCGAUGGACAGAAGAGGAGCACAAUAGGUUUCUUGAGGCCUUGAAACUCUAUGGUCGAGCUUGGCAGCGGAUUGAAGAACAUAUUGGGACAAAGACCGCUGUCCAGAUUAGAAGUCAUGCACAGAAGUUCUUUUCAAAGUUGGAAAAGGAGGCUCUUGUUAAAGGUGUUCCAAUAGGGCAAGCAAUUGAUAUAGAGAUUCCUCCUCCACGCCCUAAAAGGAAACCAAGCAAUCCUUAUCCUCGCAAGACUGGUGCUAUCAGUUCCCCUAACACACAGGUAAGAGCAAAGAAUGGGAAGCAAAUACCAGGUUCUAUACAUACUACAGAAGAAGCUGUAGAUUUAGAAAAAGAGCAAUUUCCUGAGGAACCUGGGGGUGAUGAUGGAGAAUCAAGCCCUAAAGAAAUCAAUGGUGGUGACAAGUGCACUGAAGCAUUUACACUUUUCCGAAAAGCACCAUCUGCCUUGGGAGCAUCUUCUAAUGAAUUAUCUGCCACAGCCAUGGGAACAGCUAGAAAGUUAUCCAACUGUAAGGAGUUUGUGCCGAUAAGGAAGCCACUUGCCGACAAUGAAACAAGAGAUCUUAAUGUUGCUGAUGGACAUAACACAAGUCAUGAGCCCGAUAAAUCUGAUGUUGUGGAGAUGAUUCAGAAUGACUCAGAAAAUGAAACAAAUGCAGCUAAAACAUUUCCCAGACAUGCUCCUGUUCAUAUUCUUGAGGGAAACCUGGCGUCAUGCAGUCAGGGUUUUUCUUCAGAUGUAUCAUAUCAAGAACCUGCAUUUCAUCCAAUGGGGAUCCCGGGCCAGCCUGCAUUUUUUAGCAAUCCUACUAUUUCAGCUGCUGUAGAAAGCCAAACUAGCACUUCAAAAUCCACUAAUCACCAAAUGUUUCCAAAUUCCCAUCCUCCAUUUAGUCCGUUUCCUAACAGUCAGGAAAAUUAUUCGUUUCUGCAGAUGUCCUCAACUUUUUCAAGCAUGAUUGUUUCUGCUCUUGUUCAGAAUCCAGCUGCACAUGCUGCUGCAAGUUUUGCAGCUUCAUUUUGGCCCUGUCCAAAUUUAGAAAAUUCAGCCAAUUCCCCUGCAAGCUCCAAUGGAGGUUUACCACCUCGUCCAAUGAACUCAGCUCCUAGUGUGGCAGCAAUUGCUGCUGCUACAGUAGCAGCUGCUACUGCUUGGUGGGCAGCACAUGGACUGCUGUCUUUGUUUGCUCCACUACAUGGUGGCUAUUCUUUUCCUCCUGCUUCAGCGACUGCUCCAUUAGCUAAUUUUGGCCAAACUCCACCUGCUAAUGAAGAGAACAAUUUCCAAACUCCUGGAUCACAAGUUCAGCAACCUAACCAGGAAUUGUCUGUAGCUCUAAAGCCACAACAUUCAGCAUCCAAAUCCUCAGCGACAUCUUCGUCUGAUUCGGGUAACGUUAUUAGUGAAAAAAUGGAUAUCGGAGUGGCAGCCGACAAUAACGAGAAGGAUGUCCCUGACUUAAGUGAGCAAAAUGACACAAGCAAGGGGAAGAGCAAGAAACAGGUGGAUCGCUCAUCUUGUGGUUCUAACACACCUUCAGGCAGCGAUAUUGAGACUGAUGCUUUGGAAAAAGUUGAUAAAGAAAAAGAAGAAGCCAACGAGCCUGAUGUAAGUCGUCCUACCAGUGAACCUAGUAGUCGCCGCAAUCGAAUCAUUGGCAACAUGUAUGACUCCUGGAAGGAGGUUUCCGAGGGGGGGCGGCUGGCAUUUCAAGCACUUUUUUCUAGAGAGGUUUUGCCCCAGAGCUUUUCACCACCACUAAAUUUUACUGGUAAGAACCAAGAAAUGAAUGGCAUUGUUGAGGAGUAUAAGCUACAUGCUGAGGAAAGCAAAAAUGCAUCACAAUUGGACCUCAACAGCAAUACAUGGGAAUCUUGCUCCAGUAAUCAAGGCGUAGAAAAAAUCAAAUUACGAGAAGAGGACAAUCCCAAAGAUGGGCUUCUGACAUUUAGUCAUGAACAAGGGAAGCUGAAGACAAACAGAACAGGUUUUAAGCCAUACAAGAGGUGUUCUGUGGAGGCCAGAGAGAGCAGCAGGGUGAUGAAUUCCAGCGCUCCAGAGCAAGAAAAAUGUUCAAAGAGAUUGCGCCUUGAUGGGGAGGCUUCAACUUGAUGUCUAAUGACGCAGGCAAUUUCUGUAAGGGAAACCUUGCUCACUACAAGUCCCCCCCAAUUAUCAGUUUCUUUAUUUCAUUUAGCUUUAUUUCAGUCCUAAAAAGUUCACGAGACUUGUCGUGUUUGUACUAUAAUAGACUACAUUGCUCGAUUUCAUUUCUCAGACUUCCUCAGAUGCUUGCAAUCUCCAUGAAUAGACUUAAAAUCAUUAUUCUCAUAAGCUCUGGAUCUAAAAUUAAAAUAAA